GUUGCCCUUGUCCGCGAGGGGUUCGAGGAUCGUGUGGAUCGACAUGGAGAUGACGGGUCUAAACCCCGACAAGGAUACGAUCAUGGAAGCCGCUUGCGUGGUCACAGAGGCGGACCUCAGCGAGGUCGCCAGAAUAGACAAGAUCGUUGUGCACCACCCGUCGUACGUCCUCAACGCGAUGGACGAGUGGUGUAAAACAACCCACGGGAAAUCGGGUCUCACAGCGGAAUGCCUGCAGAGCACGCUCUCUAUCCAGGAGGCGGAAGAUCGGAUAUUGAAAUUGCUCGUCGAACACACGAAUCCCGGUGAGGCGCCUCUGGGCGGGAAUUCGGUUCAUGCGGACCGGAUGUUCAUCCGGCGAUACUUACCUCGAGUCUACGAUCAUCUGAAUUACCGCAUCAUUGAUGUCUCGAGCAUCAGAGAGCUCUGCCACAGAUGGAAUCUUUCUGUGUUCGAGAAGCGCCCUCGGAAAGGGGAGAAUCAUCGUGCCCUUGAAGAUAUCCUUGAAAGUAUUGAAGAACUCAAGUAUUUCAAAGAGCAUUUCCUGAUCACCUGAUCUGGGGAUUGGGUCGCCCCUGCUCCGGAUUAUCCGACGGGCUGGGUGUUCCGCGGAGUGCAUGCCGCAUCCCGAGCAGGCGUCGACCCGUGGAGGAAUCCAUCUACUUAGGAAGCUCGCGAAGACAUCAGCUCGGCGGGAAGAGGCACCCCGUAAUCCGGAGGGGCUCGAUAAGAAUAAACAUCUCUCGUUGUUCGAA